AUGGCGGCGUGGGGCGCGGCCGUGCCUGAGGAGUGGGCGCCGCCCGACGCGGGGCUGCUGGCGGGGGAGGCGCUGGAGGAGCUGCCAGAGGGGGCGCCACAGGGUUCAGAGCCCGUGUUGGUGCCGUUUGCGGAGCGCGACCUGCCCCUCGAGCCGGCUGCGCGCUUUGCGGUGCUCUUCCAACGGCGGCCGCGGUGGGAGAGGUCGGCCAUGGAGCCGUAUCUAGCAGCUCUGGCGUCGAGCGCCGGCGGCCAGACCGUCGAGGCGCUGCUGCUGCGCCACGCGCGCGCCAGCCAGCCGUCCCCUGAUGCGCCCCUCAUGUUCUCAGCGCGGUGA